GUCUGGAGGUCCGGAAUGCGGCUCGGCUCCUUUAAGUCCAGCCUGGGAACGCCCCGGCAGGCCGCACGGUUCCGGGAUCUGCAGGCUGGGAAAGCCUUCCCUGCAACGACCUCCUGGCUCCUGUCCCCGAGGUGCCCCGCCCCGCGCUCCCGCUGCUUCCUGGAGCUGCUGGGCCUCGGCGCGGGGAAAAUGAGCCGCAUCUACCACGACAGCGUCCUCCGCAACAAGGCGGUGCAGAGCGUGCGACUGCCGGGGACCUGGGACCCCGCGGCCCACCAGGGGGGAAAUGGCGUCUUGCUGGAGGGAGAGCUGGUGGAUGUAUCGAGGCACAGCAUCUCGGAUGCCCAUGGCAGGAAGGAGCGCUACUAUGUCCUGUAUAUCCGGCCCAGUUGUAUCCACCGCCGUAAGUUUGACCCCAAGGGAAAUGAAAUCGAGCCCAACUUCAGUGCCACCAGGAAGGUGAACACAGGCUUCCUCAUGUCAUCUUACAAGACAGAAGCCAAGGGGGACACUGACAGGCUCACACCGGAGGGGCUGAAACGCCUGGUAGACAAGCCAGAGCUGCUGGAGCUGACAGAGAGCCUCACCCCAGACCAGACAGUGGCAUUCUGGAUGCCUGAGUCAGAGAUGGAGGUCAUGGAACUUGAGCUAGGGACUGGAGUGCGGUUAAAAACUCGGGGUGAUGGCCCCUUCAUAGAUUCCUUAGCCAAACUGGAGCUGGGGACAGUGACCAAGUGUAAUUUUGCUGGUGAUGGAAAGACAGGAGCAUCCUGGACAGACAACAUCAUGGCCCAGAAGUCUUCAGAGAGGGCCACAGUGGAGAUCCGAGAGCAAGGAGAUGGGGCAGAGGAUGAGGAAUGGGAUGACUGAGGUACCUCUUCCCCCUACCAGCAUCUGAGAUGGCGUCGUUGAGAAGAGGCCAUACCGACUUCCACCCUGAAGAGAUCAGUCUGUCAAGAUGAAUACCAUUUAACACAUUCUGCUGAGAUCAAAUCUAAGACCUCAAGACUCUCUGAGGGAGCCGGGCGUUGGUGGCACACGCCUUUAAUCCCAGCACUUGGGAGGCAGAGGCAGGCGGAUCUCUGUGAGUUCGAGGCCAGCCUGAUCUACAAAGCGAGCUCCAGGACAGCCUCCAAAGUCACAGAGAAACCCUGUCUUGAAAAAAAAAAAGACUCAGAGAGGGUCUCCAGGCAGUGGCUUUUGUAUGUGUGUCCCUCUUUGGAUGCAAGGCUUGCUCUCCUAGGUGGUGGACAUGUACUGGAUGAGUUCCCCAAGGUACUUAGUCCUGAUGCACUAAGUUAAGGAAUGUCCCUGUGUAGGACAGAGGGGGGCGUGGGUGGGCUCUUCCGGUUCUCCCUGUUUUCUCCUUUCUUUCCUUUCUGUCCCAUGCCAGACUUCUUGUGCCUCUGUUCUCCUGAUGUAACCCGCCCUUCCCCACCCUACACCCAAGGUCCCACUUCUACAUUUCUGUUCUGCUCCUCGUCUCCAUGGGGUUUCUUGCCUUAGACCUCUGUCUUAGGGUUCUUACCGCUCCGAUGAAACACCGUGACCAAAAGCAAGAUGGGGAAGUCCUUAGAGUUCCAUCUCAACAGUUCAUCGUCAGAAGCAGUGAGGGCAGGAACCUGGACCUGAAUGCUGGGAUUAAAGGUGUGCACCACCAAGGCAGGCUUUCAGCCUGCAAGGCAGGGAUUACUGAGUCUCCUUCCUGUGCCAAAUGCAGUGCCAGAUGCUUUCUGUGACCAUGACCGGCACUAACAAUACUAAGUUUUUCCUAUGCUAGUAAGUACUUGGAGUAUUCUGUCACUGUGCCCCUAUGAUGUAUACAUGAUUAAUAACCCCCUUUUUUUUGGUA